GGGCGCUAUUCAAAAUGGCGACCUCCAUGGCUGAUAAGUUAUCAGGGAAAACCACAAGCCAGCAGGAUCAGUUGCUGGAGAUCCCACCGGGAUGGGAAGAGCCAAAGUUCACAUCAGAAGACAACCCGCACGGUGUGCUGGAGGAGAGCUCCUUCGCCACGCUGUUCCCAAAGUACAGGGAGAAAUAUCUGCGGGAGUGUUGGCCACUGGUAGAGAAAACUCUCAAGGAACAUCAUCUGAAAGCCUCGCUGGAUGUCAUUGAGGGCAGUAUGACGGUGGUGACGACGCGCAAGACCUGGGACCCGUUCAUUCUGAUCAAGGCUCGGGACAUGAUUAAACUCCUGGCUCGCAGUGUGCCCUACGAACAGGCAAUCCGCGUCUUAGAAGACGGAAUCUCGGCAGAGGUCAUCAAGGUCGGGCGCAUGGUGCGCAACCAGGACCGCUUCGUCAAGCGACGGCAGCGCCUGAUUGGUCCAAACGGCUCCACGCUGAAGGCCAUCGAGCUGCUGACCAAGUGCUACAUCAUGGUGCAGGGGAACACGGUGUCGGCGGUGGGGCCGUACAAGGGGCUCCGGGACGUACACAAGAUAGUGGUAGACACCAUGCACAACGUGCAUCCCAUAUACAACAUCAAGACACUGAUGAUCAAGAGAGAGCUGAUGAAGGAUGAGAAACUCAAGCACGAGUCUUGGGACCGCUUCCUGCCGCAAUUCAAGUCCAAGAAUUUAUCACGGCGCAAGCAGCCGCACAAGGUCCGCAAGAAGGCGAAGGAGUACACGCCGUUCCCGCCGGCCCAGCCCGAGAGCAGGGUGGACCAGGAGCUAGCCACGGGACAGUACUUCCUGAAGGAGAGUCAGCGCAAGGCCAGGGCCAGGGAACAGAAGAAGGCAAAGCAAGUUGAAGCCGAGGUCAAACGCCACGAGAAACGUAACCAAUCCUUUGUCCCGCCCAAGGAGCCCUCUGCAACAAAACCCACGACACAACCCACGACGGACACCCAGGUGGACGUGAAGGCACUGAAGGCCAAGAUCAAGAAAUCCCAGAAAACCCCAUUCCGGAAGCCGACAGAAGCGCUGAAAGCAACGUUGUCAAAACAGGAGAGAAAAAAGGCCAGAGUAGAGAAAAGAAAAGCUAAGCCGUGACGACUGUAAAA